UAAAGGGAAAUUUGAUAAUUUAUGCUAAAAAAUUAGAUAGGGUGUUUAAUUAUACCCAAUUAUUACACAUAAAAAAACUAUACCUAUCUUUUAAUUAUCUUCCAAAAAUACCCCUGUCUUUUCAAACUUCUCACAUUCCCUCUAACUCUAUUCUCUCUCUUCUUCCUUCUCUCUCUUCAUUCCCUCUCCCCACCGACGCUGCAAACAACAACCACACCAGACGUAGUCGACCACCAAACAACCAAAAUCGCAGUCGACCACCAAACAACCACCAGACGACCAGGAACCCACAAACCCACAAACCCACGAACCCACGACGACGACGACGAACCCACGGGCACGAACCGAACCCUUGAACCCAGACGAACCCUCGAACCCACUCCAAUCGACCCCAUCGACUGACGCCUGAGCGAACAAGGAGACCCAGUCGAAUCCCACGAACAUAGCAAUCCAGGUUAGUUUUCGUGGAAUUUUUCUUUGAAUUUUCUUCUUUAAAAUGCAUACAUUUGUGGUUGAAUCUGGUAUUGAAUUGAAAGUUGUUAUUUUGUAUGUUUUUUGGGGAUAAUUUGUGCAAUAAAACUGUGGGAUGAAUGUGGGUUUCGAACAAUAGAUUUUUCUGGGUUUUUAGGUUAUUGUGCGAUUUUAUGCGAUUCUAUGUGCGCUUUUGUGCGACGUGUCUGGAGUCUGUACAUGUGUUUUUGUGUUUUUGCGACUUUUGUGCGAUUUAUGUGCGAUCUUGUGCGAUUAAGUUGUAGACUCUCUGUGUUGGGUAUGUUAAGCAAUAUUAUGCGAUGUUGUGCGAUUUUGAGCGAUUUAUAGAAUGUGGUCAACGUCUUGAAUUUUGGCGACAUUAUGCGAUUUAUUUGCGACUUAUUGUGCGAUUUUACUGACAUCAGAAAUUUCCAAGUGUUACCCACACGACCCACACGAGACCCACUCCAAGCACAAUCCACGAACCAGAUGGCUCCAGAACUCAUUCUCCCCUUGGCUGAGCAUUUUCCUGGGCGUAUCACUUACCGAGGAAAUGGGUACUUUGCUUCUAUUAAAGCAAAGUUUGAAGCCUUUAACCUGACCGAGAGGGUGAAGGAAACUCCUUUUGGAGUUUUUUGGAAUGCGAAUGAACUGAAAUUCUCCGGGGUGAUUGUGCAUCAACUACUGUUGAGGAAAAUGAAAGUGAGUGAGGUAAAGAAUGAUGAAGUGUGGUUUUACGUGGGUAAAACCGAGGCCAGAUUUGGAAGAUCUGAGUUUGGAUUGAUUACGGGACUGAAGAUGAGCGGUGGCCCCUCGACUGAAGAAUUGAAUACACUAUGUGAGUCUGAUCGGAUAUUGCGGGACUACCUCAAUAAUGCCAAACGGGUCACUUUCAAAACCCUUUGGCUAGCUUUUGAGGCGUGCGAUGUGGUCGACGACGUGUACAAGCUGGGGCUGUGUGCAUUUGUUGAAGGAGUGCUUCUAUCUAGGGCUGAGGGUGUUUACAUAUGGUCGGAUAUGCUGAAGUUGGUAGAAAACGAGGAGAAGUUCUUCGAAUAUCCGUGGGGCCUUCUUUCAUAUCAGAAGUUGUUGUCAUCCACAGCCAAAAGUAUGACUGACCUGAGGAAGAACUACCUUGAUAAAUCUACUAAGGAUAAGAAGAAAGGGAAGAAGGAGAAAAAAAUUACUCAACCAGAGGCGAAGUACAAUGUCUACGGAUAUGCACCGGCGCUACAAUACUGGGCCUUUGAGGUGAUGCAGGAUUUGGGGAAGAAGUACGGGCAGUGCAGAGGGACUAGAUUCCCUCGAAUGUUGAAUUGGAGCACCCCCAACACAGUUACGAAACAUGAUGUCAAGCAACCUGAUGUCGCUACCCUAUUCGAGAAGAGGAUGGUUGUUCUUCAAAUUCUGUAUCCUAGGAAUUGGGAGGUGGACUAUUGGAAGAGCAAUUGUGAGGGUGAGGUCCCCACGGUGGAAAUGGGGUUGGAUGAGGUCGAAGAAACGCAAGUCGGGGCGCAAGAUUCGACCGCAUUCCAGACCCAAGCCGAACGGGUGGCGGAUUAUGUGAAAAAGUCCAAAAUUAUUCCACCAUCCCCACCCAAAGAAGCACCAGACGCCUCCACAUCUGCCACCGUGCCCCCAACGCCUGCCACUGUGCCCCCAAGCUCUGCUCCAGCCAAUGACUCGAACUACCUCUUGUUGGCUAAGAGGUUGGAGAAGGUAGAAGCGCAACAAGUUGCGAUUCUCACUGCCCAGACUGAGAUGAAGGCUGACUUCAAGAGAAGUCAGAAAGAGAUGAAGAAUCUUAUCAUGGAUCAAAUUGCGACCGUGAUAAGUUUGUUACGUGCGACCUUCGGAGCCGACACAACCAUCGUGGCCGCACAAGAAUCGACCCCAGACCAUCAGACACGGCAGAGCCAUUACAGACGGUACAUCCAUCACCGCCGACAUAUGAUGAUGAUGAUGAUGUCUACCCGUAAGAUUGGCAACCUGACGCAUGUGACGUUCCUUCUACUCCUGCAAACGCCAUUGUCAUUUCGCUGGGUGAUACUGAAUCUCAGGAUGUGGAAGAGUUGCAGGGGCCACCGGCAUGGAGUGGAGUUACGUAGGCUUAGGCGAAAGCGCAAGCCGGUUUUCUUGAAUGACUACACUGCUGGGAAGAAGAAACAACGACAAGGGCCCGUGGUAGUAGACACCCUGAAACCGGCGGACGCCCGGCUGUUAAAAUUUUUCCAGAAGUGGAUCACUUAUGCUAGGGACAAUGGCCGUCCUAGGGAUGUUCACACUGGCGAAGCCACUAGAUCGUGGUUCGUGAAGUUGAUGGUGCUCAACGAAUGGCUCGAAGAUGCUCAAAUUGAUGCCAUGGCGCACUUAUUGAGAAGAAGACGGACCCUGUACCCGGAAGUCUACACCCGAAAAGGUGUAGUUUUGGACACAUCUGCUCCACAGUUCUUUUCCAUGUUUUGGAAUAUGUGUGAGGGUGACAGGAGCAAGAUCAAAUGGGAUGAGAGCGUCAUGAGCUACGUGCAGGGGAUACCGCACAGAUACUUGCCAUGUUGGGAGAAGCAGGAGUACAUAUACUUUGUGUUGCACCUUCCCAAAGAGCGCCACUGGGUGGCAGUUGAGGUGGAUAUCGAGAACUGGGAGAUCAUUGUAUAUGAUUCCGAUAUCGGUGCCACCGUUGAGGCAGCCAUGGAGUCAUAUUUGAAGCCUUACAGCGAGCUCUUUGCAAAUCUAAUUCGAGAUAGCGGUUAUUUCCAAUACAACAAUUAUGUACAUCCGGUGGAGUUGGGCGAUCUCAGUCAGCUCCUACCCCUCCAUUAUAGACGAGCUACUUCGGAGGUUGUACCACAAACGAACGGCAGUGGCAAUUGUGGAGUGUAUGCCAUGGAGCACAUUGAGCACUUGAUGCUGGAUCGUUCGUUGGAGCAUGUGCAUGAUGAUAACAUGCUCACCUUUAGACAUAGGUGGUGUGUGGACCUAUUUUACCAGAACUUAACGUGGUAGUUUUUUGUAGGUUUUUGCAAUGUUAAUCUUGUACACAUAAACUCCCCUUUUGUAACUGUAUUAUAAUCUCACCAAAUUUAUAUAUAACAAGUAAAUUUAAAGCUAUUUAAAUUGUUGCUUGUAUCAAUUUAUUUCUUUUUUAAAUUUUUCAUAAAUCCUGUGAGAAGAUGACUUCUUGAUAA